UGAGAACCGCGCCAUUUAAUAUUGGUUAAGGUGGGAAUUUGACGCUUUUUGUGACCUUUCUUCACCUAUGAAAACCGGAUCCUAAGUUUCGAUCAAAGGAAAAGGAGCUUUUGACUUCGCUGAUGCCGGGUUUGUGUUGUAAGAAACUAUGAAUACAGGGGACUCCUCAUGUUGUAAUCAGGAGGUCGUCUAUGUUAAAGCCAAGUGACUUCUCUGUCAGCUACCUAGCAGUAGAUGAUUACGGUGAACAGUUCUACCUUCCAUUACAAUCCGACUGGGAUAUGGAUGCGGCUGUUUUGACAUCUUCCAAGCCUGCGCUGCGUGUGAAAGUGAAUAUCAAGACAACACCUCCUGACCUGAAUGAUUGGGAUAUUGUCGUGCCAGCUGACAGGCGGAUCAAUGCUCGUGGACUCGUGAAGGUCCCCCACGUUCGGCAAUCAGAAGGUGCUGCAAAACCUCUCACCGACCCUCCUCAAUCUAUGUUUUCUCAGUUUUCUCAACGGUUAAGCAAGACAGUGGCCAGCGUACAACGUGCGAUAGGUUUAAAAUAUGAGAAUGAGCAAGGGCUGCAACUUCAGGACUCACCGAUAUCGGACGCGCAAUUCCGCGAUUACCUGGAUGCAUUAGGACGUGUAACCCAGCUAGAGAAGUUCUGUUGGCACGUGUAUCGUUGUGGUUUGGAGCCCAGCGUACGGAAAGUUGGUUGGCGACUUCUGCUUUCCGUCUAUCCGGCGGAUACAACCGGUCAGGAACGCAUCAGUCUACUGGAAUGCAAGACACGUCAGUACGUCACGAUGAAACAAACUUGGAAGAUGGCCUAUGCGGAAGGUCGUUUGACUGGAUCUCAAUUGGCCACCUUGGCAGCUGUCAGCAUCGAUGUCGUCCGAACAGAUUGGGCGACUUCCUACUAUAAGGGUGAGGACAAUCGGUAUCGUGUUUGUCAACUGUUUGACUUGGUGGCCACCUAUUGCAUUUAUCAUCCCAAUGUGGGCUACAAUCAAGGUAUGUCGGAUCUGGCCAGUCCUCUGCUAAUUGUUCAGGAGGAGGAGGCUCCAGCCUACUUCUGUUUUUGCGCCUUGAUGCAACGCCUCAAAGAUAACUUCUGUUGUGCGCAACAAGUUGGCCUGAUUAACAAAUUGCGGCAUUUGUACGAUUUACUCGCCUACACUGACCCACACCUGGCACGGUUCUUGAAAAUGUGCGGUGUGGCAGACAUGUAUUUCACUCAACGUUGGUUGAUGCUCGAACUAAAACGCGAGUUUUCUUUCGAUGAUAUCCUUCGUUUGUUCGAAGUACAAUGGGCCUCUGUAACCCUAGUUCGCCUGUCGUCCCAUCCUAACCUUCAAUCGAGUAAUUCCAAAUCCGGAGGUUACCUUGCGCUUUCAGAGUCCGAACCGAUCUUCAUGGAAGCCCCAUCAGAAGAAACGGACAACUAUCCCCUCACGUCCGAGCACGGGUACGCUGCCCGAGACGUCAGUCUAAUUAAUGCGCUAAUUGGUGCCCAGUUUGUCAACCCAUGGUAUCGAAGGAGCAAAAUGCGCCUGUGUUGUACUACACCUUCACAAUUACCAUCAUCAUCAUGCCUCUUGGUGUCGAACGGCCAAAACGCACUACGCCGAGACGAGGUGAAUUCCGACGUUGUGGGUGACAAACGGUCGCAAAAUUCGGAUUUUCAGACUGAAUUAACUAAGGAGGAAUUUCCGUGGAAUCGGACCGGAAUUUCUCGUACUACUAGCGCCUAUGUGUUUCAACGUGAGAAUUUUUCGCCGAAGACCACUGUAGGAUUAGAGCGUUUCGGAUCUAUGCGUCUUGUCAAAUCGGUUACGCGGCUUCCAUCCCCCGAUCAGUUCGGUUACGGUAACCCGUUUCUACUUUUCGUUUGUCUCUCCUUGUUACUUGAAUACCGUGAGGUUCUUCUUGCAAAUGUGAACGAUGCAAGCGACCUGUUUGCAUUUUAUCAGCACACCGCGAAAAAGCACAACCUUCCAAGUAUUCUUCGGAGGGCUCGGUCGUGCUACGACCAAUACUUGACGGAACACAGCAAUAGGUGAUCGCUGUCGUCAUGUUGCGAGAGGACUUUAUCUGUGAUGUCCAUCAUGGGAAGCAGUCACUCUUCUUACGUAGCUCCCAUUUAUAUUUUUAAUCUAUUUUACGUAUUCUUUUCCUACUUGGUAUUUGUUGGGGAAGGUGGAUUGUAUAGCAGAAUAUAUAACACUCA